AUGCCUAAGAAUAAAUCUUGCGAUGAUAGCAUAAGUGUUCACACUUGGAUUUUAAGGGACUUUCAAGAUCAUUUUAACGAAAUAAAACCAGAUGCUUAUUUAAUGAGUGAUAAAUUCGGUUCCUCACAACAACUUUCUAUUCACUCUGAAGGAGAAACAGAAAGCAAAGGUCCAACUCAUACAUGGCGCUUAAAAGUAUAUCCUAAAGGUCGCACAAGUUCUGACGAGCAUUUAUCAAUAUACAUAAAAGCUUUUCCUUCCGAUUACGAAACUACCCAUGGAAUUCCUUCUAGGACUGCUACUUAUCAAUUUCGAUUGUUCCGACUCGCCUCAAAUUCUGAAUCAUCUGAUGGAUUAUCAUUACUAGAAAUGAGCAAAAAGGUCACACAACAAUUCAUCUUUGAAUCUCCUAACCAAAGUUUUGGAUCAGUGAAAUUUUGUCCUCAUACUAAAAUAUUUCCAAAUAACAAAACCUCAACAAAAACUGAUCUGGCUAUUCAAGUCAAUUUUUUUAGCAAUGAUCAACUUUUAAAAGAUUCAAAACCCUCUGAAUGUUCGUCAUUAGCUACAAUGGAAAAAUUUUUUGGCGAUGAUCGUUUCAACGAUGUUGAGUUUGAAUUCGAUUGUGGUACUAAAAUAAAAGCUAACAGAUUUGCAUUGGCCUUACGUUCUCAAUAUUUUGAAAAAUUAUUCGGAGGCGAUUGGAUGGAAUCUAAAGCAACUACCAUUCCGAUAAGGCAUUCCAAAGCCGAAUCUUUUCGAGCAAUGUUAUAUUACCUUUAUACAACAAAACUUGAAAGUGGUUUGUCUUUAGAUACAUUAAAAAACCUUUAUUUUGAAGCUGAUAUGCGAGAAAUUUAUGGCUUACGAGAUUUGGUAGUUUCUCGUAUGGCCGACAUGAUAGAUCAAGAUAAUUGGGGCAAUGUUGUAGAAUUUAGUUUACAAAUUGAUGAUGAAAGAUUUAGGAAAAGGGCUUUGACUUAUGUCGAAAAAAAUUGGGAUGAAUUAAAAAAGACUAAAGAAAUGAAGAGAUUAUUUUUGGCGAAAUGCGAGACAAUGGAUUGGAUCAGCUGGAUAGAAGAUGUUAUUAAAGCUAAAGUAUUUGGUGGUCGUAUUUGA